GUGUCACAUGUUUCCCCAAGGUUUCAUUCUGACACUGCAGGAACUUCUUCACGUUUUCCUCACAAAUAUAUCAACUUGCAGCUUCUCAGAUCUGCCACGACUGGAAUCAUGGCUCACUACGAAGAAGUAAACGUGCGCGGCUACACUGAAUUCUGCCAGGCCGUGUCAGAGAGGAAGGGGAAGGACAUAUUUGCCUAUUUCUCUGGUGAUAAAGAUGAACAAGGGAAGAGCUGGUGUCCAGAUUGUGUGACAGCCGAGCCCAUUGUAAGAGGAGAAAUGAGUCACCUUCCUCAGGGCUCGGUCUUCAUCUACUGUCAAGUUGGUGAGAGGAACUAUUGGAAGGAUCCAAACAAUGACUUUAAGAAGACGCUGAAGCUGACCGGGGUGCCAACGCUCCUGCGAUAUGGCACACCGCAAAAGUUGGUGGAGGAGGAAUGCUUCAAAGCAGAGCUGAUGAGGAUGAUGUUCACCGAAGACUGAAAGAGAGAAGAUGUGCCUCAUUCGUCAAUAACCAACUUCUUCCUAAUGAGUCCGGAACAUCACUCCAACAUCUGAAACAGCACUCAUUUCAUAAUUUCACUUUAUUUAAUCAUAUUGUAAUGAUUUUUCUAUAUGUAUCAUCUAUGUUGAUGCCUUGCAGGCACCUUUAAAGUUAUGAUUAUAGCUAUCAGUUUUGUAAUGAACACUAGGGGGGAAUAAAGCAUUAUGGAAAUAAUCAUGCAACCCCAUCACAAGCUACUGAUUUGGCUAUUUUUACAGAAUUGUUGAACAUUUGUAUAAAAGCAUUAUAAAGAUGAUAUCCAAAUCAAAGACCAACACAUUCAUUGUAGCUAUUUUUUCUACUCAAUUAUUAUUAUAGAUUGCUUUAUGUUGUGCAACUUCCCUAAUUGCAAUAUGAACAUAGAUCAAUAUUAUUUUAAAAAGUUGAAAUGAGUUAAUAAUAUUAGUAUAUUGCAAACAAUGCAAAAAAUGAAUCAAAAUUAU